CUUGAUGUAACAGCCUGUCAGAAUGGGUGGGCACGAUAUGGACGUACAUGCUCCAAGGUUUUUAACAGUCCAUUAUCCUGGAGUGAUGCAGAGGCAACAUGCUUGACCUAUGGUGGGAACCUUGCCUCUGUACACAGUACAUUGGAGUAUGCAUUCAUAAAGCGCAUGAUCUCAAGUUCGAACUCUUACUGGAUAGGAGGCUAUGAUGCUGUUUCAGAGGGAAAGUGGUUCUGGAGUGAUGGGUCCAAAAUGAAUUUCAAACUUUGGAACCCUAAAGAACCCAACAACCUACAGCGUAAUGAGCACUGCAUUCAGAUGAACUUUGGAGCUGCAGGAAAUUGGAAUGACCAAAACUGCUCAAACAAGUUACCAUUUGUGUGUUCCAUUUCUCACUGAUCUCUUUCCCUAGACACCCUAUUAAAUCAGAAGUGGUGUGCCUGUUCAAUCUUAUUCUGUUAUUGUUUCAAACAUUUUGCAAUUUUGAUGCCUCUGUGUCAAACAUCUUUCUUUCUAUAACUAAAUAAAGCAAAAUGCAUUCA